UUUUUUCUUCUUUUACUUUUCACGAUUUAAAUUAAAAAUAAUAAUAAUUCGAGAUAAGUGAUAGAUAGAAGAGUUGUUGUUGGUGGUGGAUGACGGUGCAAACGCGUUUUAAUAACCGUUUCUUUCUUUUUUUGUCUCAACAAACUUCUCGAACCUUCCAUCGGAGAAACUCGCCGGAACUAAAUCGGAGCUCCGAUCGUCGGAAAUCAAUAUUUGUUUAUUAGUUCUAGAUUCGAUUUUUGCGUUGCCAUCGUCGGUGGACGGUGGUUUUGUUAGUUAUUAAGAGGUGAAACGGUGGCGUUUACGUUUAUUGACGAUGGAGAACGGCACCGGAAAUGGAGGAUUUAGCAGCACGGAGAUGGAAUAUAUAAGAAGACAUCACAAUCAGGAACCAUCGGAGAAUCAGUGUGCUUCUGCUCUUGUUAAGCAUAUCAAAGCUCCUGUUCCUCUUGUAUGGUCUUUGGUGAGGAGAUUUGAUCAGCCACAGAAAUAUAAACCGUUCAUUAGCAGGUGUGUGGUGAGGGGAAACCUUGAGAUUGGAAGCUUAAGAGAAGUUGAUGUUAAGUCUGGGCUUCCUGCUACAACUAGUACCGAAAGAUUGGAGGUUCUUGAUGACAAUGAGCAUAUUCUAAGCAUAAGGAUUAUCGGCGGUGAUCAUAGGCUUAGGAACUACUCGUCUAUCAUGUCCCUCCACCCAGAAAUUAUUGACGGACGACCAGGAACCCUAGUAAUUGAAUCUUUUGUGGUAGAUGUACCAGAGGGGAAUACCAAGGACGAGACCUGCUACUUCAUUGAAGCCUUGAUUAAGUGCAAUCUCAAAUCACUUUCAGACGUCUCAGAAGGGCAUGCUGUACAGGACCUUACUGAACCAAUUGAUCGGAUGCAGGAGUUGUUGAUAAGUGGCUGAGAACUUGGCUGCCACGGAUGAAGCUUCGAGGCUUACCUGGGAGACGGACUGGCAAGUGGAAAUAGUGCUUGUUUCAUAUGUUUUAGAUUUGUAGAAUUGCUCAUUUGGUCUGCUUUAUUAAUCGUCUGUGUUAUAUAUAUAUAUAUAUAUAUAUAUA